AUGGCGGCCGCGGGCCCGCCGGGCGCCGGGGACCUCUCGCGGCUGGCGGAAAAUCUGCUGCAUCAGCUGCAGGAGAGUUUUCAAGCCCUGACUGAAAAGAUAACGCUGAGCAUGGAAGAAAUGGGCGAGCGCAUUGAUGACCUCGAGAAGCAUGUUGCUGACCUGAUGACAGAGGCUGGGAUAGAAAACACUGACAACGAGUUGAAACACUGAAACGAGGAUGCGAUCAAGAAAGAUAAAGGGAGAACAGCACCACACCGAACCUGGGAGUUUACCAUCAGCAUCACUAGUCACAAAAAGCGCCAGUGAAAACAAACACGCUUGCAUCAUGUCACAACAGAAUCUGUUUUUAUUUCUUAACUAUUGCCCCAGGAAAAAAAGUGGAAAGCUGGGUUUAUUCAUCUAAAUGGGACACUAUCUCCUGUAACUGGGAAAGAAUUGCUGGUUUGAGGGGAGGCAAAACCACUAUUUUGGACAGAAAACUACAUCCCAUACAGUGAACUUACCCAGUCACAAACUUUUCCAAUGUAUGAAAAUGUAUUUCAUUUAUUUUAAAAAUAUUAAAAUCUUCAUCAUA